GCCUAUCAUAAACAGCUCGACCUUAGAAGCUGGCGAUGCACACCCAAAGGUUUUUAUUUUGCUACCGUAUCAAGAUCUUUGUUUACCCAAAUGUGUCACGGAAUAAUAUGAAUGGCGAUGUACGGCCCUUAAAUGGCGUUCGUACACGUUGUAACAUCGCUUCUGAUCGAACUGAGUUCCCGAGCCGGAAAAAAGAAACUACGGAACAGCGGGUAGUCCGCGAACGUCAAGAUGGACUUCAAGCAAAAAAAGCAUCCGAGGUUGAAUACGAUGUGGAACUGCGAUUUCUGCUCCAUUCAAAAUCGCUUGAUGCUGUGCGCCAUGCCUUGAAAAGCGGGAACAGUGGUGUGCUGUCCGUGCGAUCUCAUAAAAUUCAGUAUACGGUCAUCGAUGACGAAUCUCAAAACUCUCCGGAAGGAAUUCUUGCGUUAAAAGGUCACUUUAACAGCUGCUUGUGUGUUCUGGAGACAUGGAAUGCGAGAUACUUUACGCUGGAUCAUUUCAAACACGAAUACUACGGCGGAGUACAUUCACGAUGUAUUCGUACAAGACAUCUUGUGCACGACAGCGUUGUUGGGAUGUUAAUAGGCGUUCGUGGAAUUCAAGUCGAUUCACUGUCGUACCGACAUGACUGCAAUAUUCAAAUCCCGGGAACAGCGCUCCCAAAAUCAACAGAACGGGUUGUCUCGAUCUCUGGACGCAUUCCAGAUACAGUGAAAGUGGUUCGGGAUAUAUUCCUGGUUAUAGCGUCAAGACCGCACAGACUGGUUCGAAAUGUAACGAAUUACCAUCCAUCCAAUUAUGAUUAUGAAGUGGCCAAGCGAGCCGGUGGAAUAUACGAUCAUCAUGCGCCAUCUGCUGCUCGUGAGAGUAACCUCCGUCACUCGGCCCGCCGACGGCGUUCAAAUAAAAGCGCCUGAAAAAUCGUCAGAGCCAAAGCUCACAUUCGGACAAUAAUUCCGUGCAUUCUUGUGAUAAUGACCAGGUUAAAGAGCACUCAAAAUUGCUCGUGCAGAACUCGUGGACGGAAAGGCCAAAAAUCAUUGAAAGUAUCCGCGCAACUAGCCCAAAGCCAUCCAGUAGCGUUGAAUCCAAGCUGGCUGUUAUUGAGGAACCACCAGCACCAACUCCGACUGCUAACCCCCCAUCGUUAAUUGAACUGUCUGCACCAGUUUGUUUACCUCCCUGUAGUGUGGUCGUUCCAGCCGUACCCCGAACCAAGAAACCGAUUCUCCCGCUAAGACCUACUGGAUUUCUUGGGCGGCCGCUGCAGAUACCGCAGCGUUGCUUCCCUUUAGUUCGAUCGGCGGCGUCCUUACUGGGUCCUGCACCAUUCCAACGCCCGCAACCGUCCAUGCAGCCUCUUCCAGUUUGCAGUGCACUUUUUCCUAAUCCAUCCAACUACCUGCAUUCUAGCCAAUGGCUAUCGCCGCGAACAUUGAUACCCGUGGAGACGAAACAUUAUGAAACGCACUACGUCAGGCAGCAAUACGGGCCGGUUUUCGGAUCGUCCCAUGGAGCAUACCGUACCAGUGAGCCACCGCCUGUGAAUUCCUGUCGUCCCGCGAUGUUUCCUGUCGUAAAUCAGCUGGUGUCCCAGAACAGGAAUGUACAGCAGCAACCCACACAAUUCAGCAGUGGGGUGACUUCCAAUCAUUUUGGCAUACGUUGUCCGGUCAUACAGUCUCGCCUGCCGCAGCAGUCUUCGCCAUACCCUUACGGCGCGGCCCAGUGUCCUAUGUACCGACCAGCACCGCACCAACCGAACAGGAGAUUUACUGACCAUCAUUUGCAAUUCCGGUCACGGUUUUCUGUAACAACGCUAUGCAGAGCUGAGCAGCAUCCUGUGGUGAAUGUGGUCGAUAAGCCAGCAAGUGGUCCAUCAACCCCAGAAGCCAAAUUGUAUUGUCAUAACAAGGAGACCUACUAUACGUUUCCGGAGACGCGCGACCGCCCAGAGAUCACAGUAACCGAACCCGUCUGGUUUCAGUUCAGCGAACUGUUAGGGGUUCUUGGACUAGUUAAUCCCGAACGCACCAUCAUAAGCUACGAUCUAAACUAUGGAGUGGAAACAGAACUAGAAUGCCCAGAGAAAAUCGCUGCAAUGCAGAAUCUUGUCAGCAAUUUCCGAGAACUGUAUUACAGUGAGCAUGAAUUAGAAGUGAUCGAAGCAACGGACCAAUGUGUCCACAACCUUCUUUCUUCGGGACCGAUACCAUACAGCGUAUUCCGCAAUACGCUUCUGCAGCUCAUGGACACUUCAAAGCGCAAAUACCGGCAAACUAACGAUGAACUGAGAAUGACAGACCAUCAUGAUGAAAUCACUGCUUCGCAUAACCAUUAUUUGGACGUACUGCGACACGAAGUUAUGAAAAUACGUAAGCGGCGUAAGAGGAACCCUUUGGACGAAGCGAAGAAGUACGACACGACAAAGAAAUACGAUGAAUUUGCAAUUUCUAAGGAGGACAUUUUGUUCAGGAAAGCCGUGAAAAAAUGCAUGAAAUCAGAUGGUAGACGAGCAUACCGGCAUGAAAGACUGAGACGGUUAAAGCAUGCUCAAAGGAAGUUGAUCCUUUCCAAGGGAAGCUUGCUAAGCCCUAAAAGGAGCAACUCGGAUUUCACGUGUGACGGUAGAGUGGAAAAGGAUUCAUUAACCGCGGAUGUUUUAGCAACCGAUCUGGUCAGUUGCUGUCCAUCUUUUUCAAAGCCCCACGCAGUACGAACGAGCGAUGUAUUUGUGCGUCGCAAGCGAAUACGGCCGCCUACGUGUGUCGACAAGAACAGAAGCAGCAAACGGUCCAGUCCUAAUUACAGCGAACCUCCGUCUUGUUGGGAUGAAAUCUCAAGUGUGGAGACCACAUCAUCAGAUUGCAAUUUCGGUAAUACGGACAAAGAAAUACCUCUUCCCCACAAUUUUAUUACAGAACACCAGUCCCUACCUUUGUCGCCCAUUCCGAAUGAGUUACUGGACAAUGCAGUGCCAGGGACACUGGCAUUGACCGGUAAUGUUUGUGCUGGCCAUACAGAGGCUCGAACACAAAAGGAAAAAAUAAACCGGCAUCAGGCUGUGCCAUUAGUGCAGUACCGUCCUGAACCAAAGCCAAACAACAGGGAUAUUGUCUCCAACCAUAGAACAAUCGCUCAAAAGGAAAUGGGCAAGAAGACCACGCAAAAGCAGCCUGCAAUCAAGAAACUGCCCCCUAAAAACGUUGUAAAGGGAAAAAACAAAAAGAAGGCACAGCCGGCGGAAGCCAACAAAAAGGAGCGUAAUGCUAAAAAAGAAAUGAGGUGGUUGUGUUGUGAUGAUUGUUGUUGCCGUUGAUACAGUUCUCUCAUGAGCUGACCGGCUUGUAAAGUGUAUAUGUUCCAUAUAAUAAUUUACAACUUUUAUUUUAUCGUUCCAGAAAUUCAAAGUUUUAAACCUUUUUAUAAUACUUUUAUUCUAAUUAUCCUAAAUUAUUGGUUAAACUGCAGUAGCAACAACUAUGUUCUUGUUCACGUUCACAAGUGAAGGCGCUUGGACCUUCAAGAGAUAUUGAAAUAAAAUGCGGAA